AUGGAACAUUUAGAAUUGGACAACGAUGAUGUUGAAGAACAUGGAGUUUCAGUGAAUAUAAACACCUCUCGGGAACGCCUUCUUAAACUCCUUUCAAAGAAGGUGAAGAAGAGAAGAACUCGGAGUACUUCAAAAAACUUGCAUCAACAAUCAGAGAUGCAAAAUGAUUGCGAUGACACGUCUUUGGUGGUUCACAAGGAUAAAGAGCCUUCGACUAAUUUUUCUGUAUACAAAGACAGCGAGCUGGUCUCAAUGCUACGUACGGUUGGAUUAGAUACCAGAGGAUUUAGCAGGGAAGUACUAAUCCAGAACUGUAAGAGUUACCACGAAUUAAUAAUACCACCCUCUCCCCCAGACUUAGAUGACGAUCAAGCUAUGUCAUGCCCAAUUAGUAGUGUAAUAGAUUCAACUAUCCUCCCCGCCUUCACCUUUGAGGUACCUAUGUAUUCAAACAGGUUUGCAGACCAAACUUCAUCGACGUCUAACUUGCCUAGCCUUGAACAUGGUAGAUUUUCUUACCCGCGGCCUCGUCCAACUACCAACUUAGUUCCAUCCAAGAAGAACAAGGGAAAAGCAAAAGAAAAAUCACCUCCAGUUUCCGAAAGCGAAUACCAGCCCAGCGAUACUGAAACUAUUGAGACGAAUAAAGGACCUCAGAGAAUAUACAUGGAUUCUGGUGUGAAGGUAGGUGGGGAAGGUGGUCGCGCCUCAGGAAGUGCCAUGAAGGGCACAGAACAAUCGUGUUCUCAAGAUCCAAACAAAGAGGCAAAGAAUUGCAAUGCUGAAGACCAAAAUUCGCGGCCAUUGGAGGACAAAGACCGAAAACUUCUUCAUGAAUUGAAGCAGCAGGUUGACUCCUUGACCCACGAGGUUGUUACUCUUAAUCAAAUUAUCAAGCAACAUCUGAAUAACAAGUUGGAGGGUGAUAGUAAGAAGAAAACAAAAGGUGGCCGUACAUCUGCACAUAUCCGAUUCCAUAUUGACACCCUUCUUGGGCGACGUUCAAAUGAUGAGGUCCUUCCUGCGCCAGCUAGUGCUACUGACAAGGAAAAAUGGGGCUACGACAUAGACAUGGAUAAACUAGUUUAUGAUCCGAAUGCCUUGCCACUUGCUACAGAUUCCGCUGAUCCUUGCUUUCCAUAUGAAGAUGGUCCAGGUCAUGAAGAUUCUUCUCCUCAGCAACUCGCAAUCAUGUGGCAGUUGAUGACUAUGGCAGGCGUUUCUAGUUUUCGUCCAGACUUCAGUCUAUCGGCAACUUCAUGUGAAAAUAAAUGGCUCUGGGAUUUGGCGUUGAAGAUAUUCGUAGUGCUUGUUGAAUGCGGGGAGUAUCAAGGGGUUUCUUUGGAUGCUGAAAACCAACAGUUCAUAAAAAAAUGUUUAAAUACUCAUGUCCAAUCUCUUGCAAAAACAUAUCGCCAGCAAGUUUCCUGGAGUCCCGAGCGCAAGCAAUUAGCUGCAGCCGAGAUCAGAAGAGGAUCAAGAAUGCGGCACCUUGUUGAGCGCCGAAGCAAAUUCCUCUUGAAGGAGGAAAUCUGGCCUCUCUUGGCCAUUGUCAAACAGACCACCAGUGAUGAUGAAACCGACGUAGAGGCUGCGGCAGAAAAUAUCAGCAAUCGAAAUGGAUUACCAUGCCGUGUUAGAAAAGUUCUUUGGCGUAGCUCACUACUGUCAGAUAUCUGGGAGUUAGUUGAUAAAUGUAUAGAAAAGAUCGACAAAAGUAAACCUGGUCAGAGUUCACCUCGUGGUCGACAGAGACGUCCAAGAACCCGCAUCAACAAUGGGCCUCGAAGCCGGGUUGAAGCAGCUUCAGGUUUACCAAACGACUGUCUUGACCGGUCAUGGCUGGAAAAUUUGAGUCCAGCAACAAAGGCGGGACUUGAGAUAAGCACAAAGCCAAUACUAGCUGGCUUGAAAGAGCGUUUGCAAAACUUGGAGGCUUGA